AUGGGUUGCAUGAGCUCGAAGCCGGUCAAUGCAGACGAUAAAGAUGCCGUCCAGCAAAAUGCCAGAAUAGACAAGGUUUUGAAGAAUGACAAAAAAGUGAUGGAUAGAACAAUCAAGAUACUACUUCUUGGUGCCGGUGAGUCGGGAAAGUCGACCAUCAUCAAGCAAAUGCGCAUCAUCCACGCGGGGGGCUUCCCCGAGGAUGAGCGCCGCCAAACACGUGCAGUGAUUUACUCGAACAUCGUCAUUGCUUUCAAAGUCUUGCUGGAGAUCAUGCGCGCAGAGAGCAUCGAGUUUCAGCACGACGGCACGAGACCCCUAGCAGAUCUUAUCGACCACUUGGAGCCGGAUGUAGGGUCCGAUGAAGCUUUCUCGGAUCUCAAAGUUCGCGACGCCAUGAGAGAUAUGUGGGACGACAGCGGCGUUCAGAAAGCUGUUGCCCGAGGGCACGAGUUUGCUCUUCAUGAUAACCUUCAUUACUUCUACAACUCGCUCGAUCGGAUAUUUGCCAGCGGGUGGCUUCCUGAUAACCAGGACAUGCUACAAGCCCGCCUGCGAACCACUGGAAUCACAGAAACGUUGUUUGAAUUAGGUCAAAUGAAUUUCCGUAUGAUGGAUGUUGGUGGACAGCGGUCCGAGCGGAAGAAAUGGAUUCACUGUUUCGAAGGCGUCCAGUGUCUACUUUUCAUGGUCGCUUUAUCAGGAUACGACCAAUGUUUAGUUGAAGACCAGAAUGCGAACCAAAUGCACGAAGCGAUGAUGUUAUUCGAGUCGCUAGUUAAUGGCGAGUGGUUCAAGCGAAAACCCAUCAUCUUGUUCUUGAACAAAAUCGAUCUCUUCAAGGGCAAACUCGACAUCUCCCCCGUUUCCAAACAUUUCCCAGAUUUCAACGGCUCGAACAACGACUUCGAUGCUGCAGCCAGAUAUUUCGCGGACAGAUUCCGCGGAAUCAACCGAAUUCCGGACCGAGAGAUCUACAUCCACUACACCAAUGCUACCGAUACGACGUUGCUGAAAGCAACCAUGGACUCGGUGCAGGACAUGAUUAUCCAGAAGAACCUUCAUACUCUCAUACUAUAG